CAACAACGUUAGGAGGCCUCUCAGUUGACAACAGGACAUACAAAGCGAAAUAGAAACAAUAAAUAACACGAUAAAUAAUGCGACCGAUCUUCUCGGUCGCUGAACGGGCCGUCCCUCGAGUAUGGCAACAUCCGAUCUCAUCCACUCGAAUUCCGCGCACAUUAUUCAAGUUCGAUUCAAUCUGCGCCAGAUGCCGUCGCCAACAAUUCCAAGUCCGCUUCUUCAACGGGCAGAUGGGUGAUGAUCCCCGCUGGUUAUCUGUCGUCGACCACCCCGCACAAAUCGUGCGAACUGGCCGCAAACACGGGCCAGGAUUGAUCAUUCUCGCUUUAAUCCCAAUUAUUUCCUUCGCCCUCGGGACAUGGCAGGUUCAACGCCUGGAUUGGAAAACAAAGUUGAUCGCGAAAGUUGAAGACCAGCUUGUAAAGGAUCCGCUCCCGUUACCUCCGCGCAUUGAUCCAAGUGUUGUUUCAGAAUUCGACUAUCGGCGUGUCUAUGCUACGGGUCGGCUGCGGCAUGACCAGGAGAUGUUGAUUGGGCCGCGUAUGCGUGAAGGACAAGACGGGUUUAUCGUUGUCACGCCACUCGAAAGGGGGAAAGGGGAGAGUACCGUGUUGAUUAACAGAGGAUGGAUUUCUAAAAAGAUGAUGGACCAGAAGGACAGAGACAGAGAAGCGCUUCCCACUGGAGAAGUGACGAUUGAGGGCAUGAUACGGGAGCCUUGGAAGAAGAACAUGUUUACGCCAGAAAACCAGCCGGAGAAAGGGAAAUUUUACUUUCCGGAUGUUGAGCAGAUGGCGGGACUGACUGGCAGUCAACCGGUAUGGAUUGAACAAACGAUGGUCCAAGACCUGCUUGAAUCAAUGAACCGGGAGGCCAAGGGCAUCCCUAUAGGUCGCGCUGCCGAAGUGAACCUAAGAAACAAUCACAGCCAGUACAUCUUCACAUGGUACGGGUUAUCCCUAGCCACAUCUAUUAUGCUGUGGAUGAUUGUGCGGAAGCGACCCACUAGUGAGGCUCAUCGCCGUGUCCGUCAAAACAUCAACUGGUAACCAGUGAGUGAUUCGUGCAUUGGCUAUUGGCGUUUGGUUUGUUGGGUAUGAUAUAUCUGUAACAUAGAAUGUACCGUUUAUCUUGGGGGCAAGGCGAGUCUCAUGUCCUGCAAGAGCUCCUUGGGUAAAUGUUUCUGCGCAAGUGAAAAUACCGUGGUAUUGUUAUUGAGAUGGCGUUGCCUGCCAAUUAGCA